GCCGAGAGGCGCACACGAGCAGCCGAGGGUGGGAGGGAGGCAGCCAGCCACGGGGGAAGAAGGAAGGGAGGACUCGCCAGGGUGCAAGGGAGCCCUCGCCACCCCCGCCGCCACCGCCGCCGCGUCCUUCUUGAGAGGCGCCACCGCAGGCCGCUCAAUGCUGCACCUUCCGGAGCUGCAGGAGGGGCCGGUAGAGGACUGUGGCGAGGAGAACUUCCUCACCGGCAGCGCCAGGAUGGAGUUCCCACCCGCCCAACCAAAGCCUCCAGCCGAUGGCAAGAUCAUCUUCUAUCCUCCGGGAGUCAAAGAGAUCACGGACAAAAUUACCAACGAUGAAGUGGUCAAGCGCCUCAAGAUGGUAGUGAAAACAUUUAUGGAUAUGGACCAGGACUCAGAAGAUGAGAAACAACAAUAUCUCCCUUUAGCAUUGCACCUUGCAUCAGAAUUCUUCCUCAGGAAUCCCAAUAAAGAUGUCCGUCUUCUUGUAGCAUGUUGCUUGGCUGAUAUCUUUCGAAUUUAUGCCCCAGAAGCCCCUUACACCUCCCAUGACAAACUCAAGGAUAUAUUCUUGUUUAUUACAAGGCAAUUAAAAGGUUUGGAGGACACGAAAAGCCCUCAAUUUAACAGAUACUUUUAUUUACUAGAGAAUUUAGCUUGGGUUAAAUCUUACAACAUCUGCUUUGAGUUGGAAGAUUGCAAUGAGAUUUUUAUUCAACUUUUUAGGACUCUCUUUUCAGUUAUCAAUAAUAGCCACAACCAGAAAGUGCAGAUGCACAUGUUAGAUUUGAUGAGUUCUAUCAUCAUGGAAGGCGAUGGAGUGACACAAGAACUAUUGGACUCGAUUCUUAUCAACCUCAUUCCUGCACACAAGAACCUUAAUAAACAGGCAUUUGAUCUUGCUAAAGUUCUGUUGAAAAGGACGGUCCAGACGAUUGAGCCUUGUAUUGCCAAUUUUUUUAACCAGGUUCUGGUACUAGGAAAGUCUUCUGUAAGUGAUUUGUCAGAGCAUGUAUUUGACCUAAUACAAGAGCUUUUUGCUAUUGAUCCUAGUUUAUUGCUGUCUGUCAUGCCACAGCUUGAGUUCAAACUAAAGAGUAAUGAUGGAGAGGAACGUUUAGCUGUUGUAAGGCUUUUAGCUAAGCUGUUUGGUUCUAAAGAUUCUGACCUUGCAACACAAAACCGUCCACUUUGGCAGUGCUUUCUUGGCCGAUUUAAUGAUAUCCAUGUUCCUGUGAGAUUAGAAAGUGUGAAAUUUGCAAGUCACUGUUUAAUGAACCAUCCAGAUUUAGCAAAAGAUCUCACUGAGUACCUAAAAGUUAGAUCACAUGAUCCAGAAGAAGCCAUUCGACAUGAUGUCAUUGUUACAAUAAUAACUGCUGGUAAGAGGGACCUCUCUUUGGUCAAUGACCAGCUACUAGGCUUUGUCAGAGAGAGAACGCUGGACAAGAGGUGGCGAGUAAGAAAAGAAGCCAUGAUGGGCCUUGCCCAGCUAUAUAAGAAAUACUGUCUUCAUGCUGAAGCUGGGAAAGACGCAGCGGAGAAAGUGAGCUGGAUUAAGGAUAAACUUUUGCACAUAUAUUAUCAGAAUAGUAUCGAUGACAAAUUACUGGUAGAGAAAAUCUUUGCUCAAUAUCUUGUUCCUCAUAAUUUGGAAACAGAAGAGAGAAUGAAAUGUUUAUAUUAUUUGUAUGCUAGCUUAGACCCAAAUGCUGUUAAGGCACUGAAUGAAAUGUGGAAGUGCCAGAACAUGCUUAGGAGUCAUGUACGGGAGUUACUAGACUUGCAUAAGCAGCCCCUUUCAGAAGCAAACAAUUCUGCUAUGUUUGGAAAGCUGAUGACCAUAGCAAAAAACCUUCCUGAUCCUGGGAAGGCGCAGGACUUUGUGAAAAAGUUUAACCAGGUUCUUGGUGAUGAUGAGAAGCUCCGUUCUCAGCUUGAACUUUUGAUCAGUCCUACAUGUUCCUGUAAACAGGCAGAUGUUUGUGUGAGGGAAAUUGCACGAAAACUUGCUAAUCCUAAGCAACCAACCAAUCCUUUCUUGGAGAUGGUAAAAUUUCUUUUAGAAAGAAUUGCCCCUGUACACAUUGAUUCUGAAGCCAUUAGUGCAUUAGUAAAGCUGAUGAAUAAAUCAAUAGAAGGGACAGCUGAUGAUGAAGAGGAAGGUGUAAGCCCAGAUGCAGCUAUUCGUUCAGGGCUUGAACUUCUCAAGGUUCUGUCUUUCACGCAUCCUACCUCGUUCCACUCUGCAGAGACAUAUGAAUCUCUCCUGCAGUGCCUCAGGAUGGAAGAUGAUAAGGUAGCAGAGGCAGCCAUUCAGAUAUUCAGAAAUACCGGUCACAAAAUAGAAACUGAUCUCCCUCAGAUAAGAUCAACUCUAAUCCCGAUCUUGCAUCAAAAAGCAAAGAGAGGAACGCCUCACCAAGCAAAACAAGCUGUCCAUUGUAUACACGCCAUAUUUUCAAAUAAAGAAGUUCAGCUUGCACAAAUCUUUGAGCCUCUGAGUAGAAGUUUGAAUGCUGAUGUUCCAGAGCAGCUUAUAACUCCGCUAGUUUCUUUGGGUCACAUUUCUAUGUUGGCACCAGAUCAGUUUGCAUCACCAAUGAAAUCUGUAGUUGCAAAUUUUAUUGUAAAAGAUCUCCUGAUGAAUGACAGGUCUACAGGUGAGAAGAAUGGAAAGUUGUGGUCACCAGAUGAAGAGGUUUCUCCAGAAGUUCUAGCAAAGGUUCAAGCAAUUAAACUUCUAGUACGUUGGCUCUUUGGUAUGAAAAACAACCAGUCAAAAUCUGCAAAUUCCACACUUCGGUUAUUAUCAGCAAUGUUGGUCAGUGAAGGAGACUUGACAGAACAGAAGAGAAUCAGUAAAUCUGACAUGUCCCGUCUGCGACUGGCUGCUGGCGGUGCCAUAAUGAAACUUGCACAAGAACCUUGUUACCAUGAAAUUAUAACCCCAGAGCAGUUCCAACUCUGUGCACUGGUAAUUAAUGAUGAAUGUUACCAGGUGAGACAGAUAUUUGCUCAGAAGCUACACAAGGCACUAGUAAAAUUAUUGCUCCCAUUGGAGUACAUGGCAAUAUUUGCACUGUGUGCCAAAGAUCCUGUAAAAGAAAGGAGAGCCCACGCAAGACAGUGUUUGCUUAAAAAUAUUAGCAUACGGCGGGAGUACAUUAAGCAGAACCCUAUGGCCAAUGAAAAACUGUUAUCCCUGCUGCCUGAAUAUGUGGUACCAUACAUGAUUCACUUGCUGGCUCAUGAUCCGGAUUUUACAAAACCUCAAGAUGUUGAUCAACUUCGUGAUAUCAAAGAGUGCCUCUGGUUCAUGUUAGAAGUCUUAAUGACAAAGAAUGAAAACAACAGUCAUGCCUUCAUGAAAAAAAUGACAGAAAGUAUCAAACUUACAAGAGAUGCACAGUCACCAGAUGAGCCAAAGGCAAAUGAAAAACUCUAUACUGUGUGUGAUGUGGCCCUGUGUGUGAUCAACAGCAAAAGCGCUUUAUGUAAUGCAGAAUCCCCAAAGGAUCCCGCACUACCAACCAGAUUUUUUACACAACCUGAGAAGGAUUUUUGCAAUGACAAGAACUAUAUUUCAGAGGAGACAAGAGUUCUACUUUUAACAGGAAAGCCUAAACCAACUGGUGUAUUGGGUGCGGUAAAUAAGCCUUUAUCUGCAACUGGAAGGAGGCCAUAUAUCCGGAGCACAGGAUCCGAAACUGGAAGCAAUAAUAGUGUAAAUUCAGAGCUGAGCUCUCCUGCAGGAAACAAAUCAAGGGAGCAGAGCACAGAUAUAUCGGAAAUUGGUGUCAGUGAAAAUGACGAAAAUCCAGUGAGAAUUAUUUCUGUCAUUCCAGCAAAAACUGAACCUGUAAAGAAUAAGGAGAUUAAUUCUGAUCAGACAACGCAAGGAAAUGGGAGCGCCGAACGUGGGAAGAAAAGGACCACGGUAGCAGCUGGAACAGAGAAUAUUCAUCAAAAGCCAGAAGAAAAGAAGACAGAUGAAACGGGUCAGCCUGCCCCUCCCAAACCACGACGGGGGCGUCCACCCAAGUCCGAAACUCAGGGCAUCACAGCAAAAAAUGCCGAAGGAAGUAAAACAUCCGGUAGAGGACGGAAAAGGGCAGCACCAAGUCAAGAGGGUCCAGGUGGUUUAGAGGCAGCGAAUGCCAAGACACCAAAACAACAAGAUGCAGUGAAAAAGGCAGUACCAGCACAGAGGCAGAUAGAUCUACAAAGAAGCCAGGUGCUGGGAAGUGAUGGAGAUUCAGUGAUGGAGAUAGAAUCAAGUCCUGGAUAUUCUCCAAGUGAAAUGGAUCUUUUUAAACUUUGUGAGAGCAGCCAGGAAGACACUGAGGAUUCAGAGGGAGGCUUCCUGAAGGUAAAAAGAAAACUUCCUUGCAAAGGGAGGAAAGAAGGGCCAAAUGAAGGCAUGCUCCAAGCUUCUGCAAAAACGAAGAAACUUCCUGUAUAGGUGCUGAAAAUACUUCGGAUCACACAGCUUUCAGCUCUAAAAACAGAAGGAGAACUCCUUCCCUUUCAGAUAAAAUUAAUCUGCAGAAACUCUUGAGAGAGGCUAAAAGCAUCUGUACUUAUUUCCCCUGAGACUUUUUUUUAUGAAAAGUCAAUAAUUAAGCAAAUUGCUUAACACUUGAUUCCAGUUUCUGCAUAUCUGGAGUUUAAAAGUGUUUUACUCCCAUUAAUUUUCAUGCCGCAUUUUUUUUUAGAAGGAAGUCAAAGUGAGGUUCUUAAAGCAAUGUUAAAACCAAGUCUUCUCCAUCUCUUUUGAAGAAAGAAGCCUACUACUGAAUGGUUUUGAAUCCACGACAAGAAAAAUAACCCAAAUUCUCAUCGUAUUUGCUUUUGGAGACUCUUAUGUAUAAUUCUUUCCAGCAAAAUAAGAUGUACAGAUUUUGGUUCCUGCUAUGAGAAGUCACAUAGUGGCAAUUUUUAUACAUGUUGCUUUCUGACUUUUAUCAGAGUGGGAAACUAAUCAAUUGAUUAUUGAUUUGCAAGUAGACAUUUCACUUUUUUUAAUUUCCCCCUCUAUUUUAGUUUAAUAUAAUUUGCAAUAAAUGUACAUAUUGUUGGUUGUUUUAUAAAACAUAUAUCACUUCUAAAUGGGUUUACUCCUGUGGUUCUGUUGGAAUAUUCUAAAAUUGAGUAAUGGAGUAAAGCGAUCCCGGCAUUUGAUUAAUUUUAUAAUGUUUGUCACCAGAUUUUUAUUAUUGAUGUAAAAAAUCAAUUUUUAAAAAUAGUUGGACUUUUGGCAGCUUCGUAAAGGAACGUUGAAAAUGUUUAGGAUUGCUCUCAAUUUUAAGCAUUGUGCUGAUUGAAAGUAAAUCUGUUUUAUGUUUUUGUCUUCCUGUCCCAGCCCAUUUUUUAAAUGUUUAAUUUAGAAGACUUGCAUCAAUAUUGAUUUUUUUUCUGGCAUUGCUCAAAAUACAGUGUACACUUUUAUGUACACGUGAUCAUAUUUAAGUUUGUUGCAUAAAAUAAAUGCUUCUAGGUGUCACAA